AGGGGACAUUUUUUAAAAAAAGGCAGACGUUUCAUGUAAAGGUAUAAUAAAACCACAAAGACACACCUGUGCUCAGAGCUGUAAGAAAUACUGAAUGAAGAAGAAGGACAUAAGGCACCGGAAUGAAACGUGAUCUUAGGAUUUAAGCCAGACUACCAGACUGUCAAGUUAGCACCUCCUACCAGCCAAAUGCUGGUAAAUUCUGUUAGCAGUCCAGUCUAACAACCAUUUCAGCAGGUAAACACAUCAUUGGGAUGUAAUAUAUACAGCUCCCAAUUUUUGAAAUCACAAGUAAAUAACACAAGAUACCAUUCUAAUGUUUCUCUAACCACAACAAGAUGAGACUGUGCAGUGUGCACACAGAUGCAGUAGGAAAUGGAAACUAGCCUGACGUUGUCAACCUCAAAAGCACAUCUCUCUGCUUAGGUGGCAGUACAAACUCGAGCUUGGAGAAAGACAUGAAACCCACUUCCCCUUUUAGCUGAUGUGGCUUCAGCAAAAACAUUGCAAACAAGCAAUUAGGGACUCUUAGUGUGCACUGUCAAGAAUGCUAUGCCGGCAGCUGUAAUAUCAUUGUUUCAAAUCCAAAAUAAGGCCAAGUAACAGGUUGUACUCUGUAAUUUAAUCAAAUAUAACCUGUAUUUAUAAUGGGAUGAUGGAGGUAACAAACUGUUCUUGUACUUUCACUGGUGCCAUCAGAAGAAUCCAGCAGGUUUGACAAGUCUCUCCCUGUCAUGCUUUUUCACACUUACCACACACUGAACGGCGCCAAACAUGAUAAAGACUUGAACAAGAAAUCCAAUUUAUUUUCCUGACAGAUCAUUUGUCUUAAAAUGACACAUUCCAGUGAUAUGUGCUGUCAUGGCUGAAAUGCGAGAAAAGGUAGGAGUGUGAUGAUGACAGCAACAGAAAGACGAUCGUCCACAGAAAAAGAAGUUAGACACCUCACAGGCGUUCUCAAAGGAUUUAUAUCAAACUAGAGCUACUUUUGUAAUUAAUAGCAAAAUAUUUUCACAUUGGCAGGCAAACCAUAGGGUGUGGACCUGAUGCCAUGCAAUUGUACCUCAGCGCCUGUGUGUAUACUGUGGUCUUAUGCAAGACUGCCCCUGACGGAAUUUGGAAUCGGGUUUGUUUGUAUCACUGACAGAAUCAAUCACACCCCCAUUCCUACAUGUACUGCUUGAUGCCAAAGCAGAUCCCAAUACAAACUGCACAAGCCUACUAUUAAGGAGUCUCUUUACAAACAGAUUCUACCACCGCCUGCUGAACAGGUAAUGUUGUAUGGUGUAAAUGGGAGCUGCCUCUAAUCACUUUCAAGCUUCAUGUGAAUCGAGUUCCUCUCUGUUGUCAGGUGUCAACCAGUCAACAUAUAAAUAGACAAAUGCUUACGCCUUUAAAUGUCACGCAGGUCACAGGUGAGUGAUAACAGAGUAAAUAUAGCUCUAUUCAACAUUAACUGUAGCGUAAUUAACUGUACUUUCAGCUACUGGCAAAACAAGAAGCAAGCUCAGAGGCUAAGCUACACCACUAUGGCUGAAAUAAUCAAGGUAUGCUGUGGUAUUCAUCUUAAUGUGUAUUAAUCUGUAUUACCUGUGGUGUUGAUUUCUGCAGUGUUUCCUUCUUUAAAAAUGUACAAUGUACAAAAUGUAUGAGACAUCUCAAUCAAAAAAGCCUUACAUUUUCAUUCUUUGCCAGUUAAAAUAUGAAUAAGAACUUGUGUAAUAUCAUAAAACCCUGACAUGUAUUGAAAAGGUUUGCUUGUUGUGAAAAUGUUACCAUUGCAACAGAGAUCAUAAUCACUCAGGAAUCCAGUGAACAAGAUAAUCCAGUUAAACACUGACAGAAAACUACCACCACUUUCAAAUUGUAACCAUGAGGCAAUGACCUAAAACCUGUUUCAAAUUUAGUCGACCUCCUUCACACAUUUACCCUAUCUCAUUCCCUUUGACCUCAUAAGCAGACAUUUAAUAGUAAUAGUAAUAGUAAUAGUAAUAGUAAUAAUAAUAAUAAUAAUAAUAAUAAUAAUACAAUAUUAAAUAAUUCAUGAAGCCAGGGCAUUAUUCAAAUAAGUGAGGAUGCAGAAUAAUUUUGUGUUUUCAAUUAUCUAAAGUUGUGGAUGGUGCUAACAGAACUGCUCAAUGCUGUCUCCAUUACUCUUUUGUUGAGGUACCUAGUACAUUGAUCCAAUAAUAAGGGGUGGGGUUAAAAGACUGCCAGUUUGAGGUUCAGUGGGCACUAUACUGAAAGCGUUUUGGUGGAAACAAAUCUUUGUAGAGCAACUUUUGAUAAACUGUCAUAUAUUGAAUCAAAGUACUGUGACAAACAAUAUUAUCUAUAUCUGUCAAAAUAAUAUAAUUACAGACCAUCUCUCACUACAAUGGUUCCACAGAGUAUAAACCAACAAAUGGAUGCAUAAAUAAUGAAAUUCUUAAGGGCAGGAACUAAAAGUGAAGCACUAAACAGUGAAAAGUAGUAUAAAUACUGCAGCGCUGCUUGUCACUUUAAACCUGGAUUACGGAAGGCUAAGCCCUGACAGAGCUUACUCCAAAGUUAGCCACAUAGCCAGUGGGCAACAGUGAGCACAUCAUGAGGGCCACCGACAAAAGGCUUUCCACUACACUGAUCAGGGGACAGAAAACAAUGAGCUGGACCAGCACAUCAGAAAAGCAUCAUUGGAUAACUGGAAACAGUUGGUUUGGUCCAGCCCCCCUGACUCAGUGCUGGGUGUUCCGGCUGUUCUGGCUGAGCUUAUGUGAUGCAACAAUCUUCAGACAUGCUAUUACCAACACACAUUCUCAGAGUUCCCUUAGCUCUAGAUCUUCGACAGUAAUCCAAUUGAAACCACUCAUUAUCCAAACACAUUUAAUUGGCUUGGUCUUGAAACACAGUCGGCAUGCAGGUGGGUUGUUGUCCACACAGAGUCGGUAAGUUAUCAAUCUUUUGAUGUAGCACCUGCAGUGUGAUAUGUAUUCUUGCGUCUAUUGUUGUCUUAAACAGAAUAGACCAACACAGUAGUAAUAUUUACUGGCAAGUGGUUAAUCUCAGCAAUAAAACCACAAUGCCUGACAAAAAAAAAGGUCAAGUGAGUUACAUAAGAGGAUAUAAAUACUGCCACUGUCAGACUUGUUUGUCUUCCCCUGUGUUUGGCAGACAACCUUAUCACGGUCCAAGUAUAACAAUCCAUGUACAAAACACACCAGCAGAAGGCAGGGACCACAGUCAAUGUCAAACUCCCAGAAGGCACUGUGACUGCCUAUGCAUAUUAGUGAAUAAUCCCAAUCACAUCCACCAGCUCAGUCUAGGCUGCUCGUGCCGGGUCUAUAGUUAAGAAGGUAAACAAACAGGGAUAUGGUCAUAUUUAUUAACACUGUUGUUAGGCCUGAGAAAAUUCUUUGUACCAAGCAUUCCUCAAUUACCAGCCAAAACAUCUUUUAAUACUGUGACUAAAGGUGCAUUUUUUGUGAAUCAUAACAUAUAGAGACCUUAAAACCCUGAACCAACAAAAGUGACAUCUAACUAAAAUAUAUGACGUUGCUCUGUGAAACAUUAACAGAACGAAGUCUCAACCUAAGCAUUUCCAUAGAUACAAGUGUACACGUGAAGCAGGAAUAAAUUCCACAAUAAUUUCCUUGCCUUGCAAGGACAACUACAGAGGUCAUAACCUUAUUUCUUGUGCUCUGUAGAUGAACUGUACAGUUGGAUAUGAAAAGAUUUAUGCUACUGUUUGAUGUCCUUGGGACUCCUGUUACACAAUCAUGUGAAUUUAAAAAGGUAAACACACACACACACACACACACACACACACACACACACACACACACACACACAACUCAAAUCAUAACAAAUCUGCCAGCAUAUAUUAUAUACAGUGGGCAUUCAGACAGGUGUUGGUUUUAUAGAAUAACAAAAAUCACUCCAUAUCUGCCGCCUCAGUGUUCUUUGCCUAACAUGGGUAACAGCUACUACAACAUAAAAAUGACUUAGAAAUGGUCUGCAUGAACGCAAACGUACAUUUUCACAAGGAGCACAUAUUUUGCAUGCAACGCUGCUUUACAGGGAAAAUAUUAUGCAUGCAGUUCAUAUCUUGCUUUAAAAACAACCGUGAAGAAGAAGAAAUGACCAACCAGCAGUUUCACAAAGUAUUAGGAGGGAACAUGUGCAAAUCAAAGCAUCUUUGAUUGUACGGCUCAUCAACAAGACAGCAUGAGGAAGGUUGUGGCUGUACAUUGUGAUCAGAUUCUCAACAAAACAAUGGGCCCAACAUGGGACAGUCCUCCAAUGGAACUGAGAAGCUCUGGUGGGAAAGGGGCACGCAGAUGGGGUAAAAACUGAACAUAAGCAUCCGCAAGUAAUAAUCCCACAGUCCCACACACGAACACAUUGCAAAAAGCCAGUCUAACAGUAAUCAUUCAGACUGGACAUUUUAUCUUAUUUUGAAAUGUGAGUGUGAAAUCUCGUCCCCGCGUCAUCGACCUGACGCAUACAGCCUAAAACCAGAAAGCCAAAGCCAGUAACAUGUCACACGGUGAUAAUGUUCCUCCCUUUUCAUGCUAAUUCAACCAUCCUACCUUGAUUUUCAAACAACGCCGUAACACCGUAUCUCUACUGACAACAGAAAUUGAUUGAUAACGCAAGAUGGACAGUCUUGCCAGAGCAGAAAUGGUUUGGCUAAAAUCUUUCAUCCAAAUCCAGCAAUCAAGUCUGAGAAAACAGCGACCUUAAGUAGGCUACUACAACGUAACGUGACUGACGCUGACUAACUUUAGCCGGCAUACCUGUUAUAUAAAAUAUACAUUUAAUUCACUACCAUCAAGAUAUACCCUAAAUGAAUACAAAGCAGCAUCCUAAAUUCGUCAUCACAGUUUCGACAGAGGUGGGGGUUGUCUAGGAUCUGCAGGUAUGGAAUCUCCGGUGGUAUUCAGUCUUCCAGGAAACUCUGAGAUUUAUCCAUCGAGGUGAGGUGCGUCAAAGUAAGAACUCCUGAGAUCCACAGCAGGUCUAAGAUGGAAAAAGAGAGGGAAACAGACGUAUAGGACAAGUCCAGUCUGGUCUUUAGGUCGUUCCCUCCCGUGUUCUUCCCCCUUAGACUUCAGCCCCACCCUACACCUCACAUUCCUCCUACAAAUACACCCCACCAUCUUAUCACGCACCCUCUGCAUAAAACUUGUGCAUCAGACAACAGCAUCUUCAAAACAACGCAGAGGCAGGACAAAAGAAGGAACCUCAAGAAUCAUCUCCCCUCAUUUUUUCAGAAGUUCAGUGGACACUUAAUAAAAGGAUGGCAUCUAAGGGCGUUCAGAUUGUAUGUGUGGCCCUCGGGGUCCUCGGCCUGAUCGGGGUGAUCAUUUGUUGUGCCAUCCCACGCUGGAGGGUGUCGUCCUUCAUAGGAUCCAACAUUGUGACUGCGCAGAGCAGUCAGGGGGGCCUGUGGACGACCUGUGUCGUGCAGAGUACCGGCCAGCAGCAGUGCAAGAACUACGACUCUCUGCUGGUGUUGCCCUCUGACCUGCAGGCCGCCCGCGCCAUGACCAUCAUCAGCGCCAUGCUCAGCGGCCUCGCCCUCCUCAUCCUGUUCUGCGGGGCCGAAUUCACCACCUGCAUUGAGAACGAAGACGCCAAACCCAAGAUCAGCCUGGUGGCCGGGAUUGGCCUGCUGCUGGCCGGCCUCUUGGUGAUCAUCCCCGUCAGCUGGUCCGCCCACAACAUUGUGCAAGAAUUCAACAAUCCCUUGGUGGCAAAUACUCAGAAGUAUGAGAUGGGAGCAUGUAUCUUUAUUGGCUGGGCAGCCGGCGUGCUGUUGCUAAUUGCUGGAGGUCUGCUCUGCUGCUUCAGCAGACCUGGAUCUGGCAGCUCCGGUGGAACCGCCAAGUACUACAGCAACAGUGCCUCCGCCCCGAAUAAAAACUACGUGUAGUGGCUUUAUGAAGGGGACUGGUGUUUGAGAGAAAGGAGGGGAGGGGGAUUUAGUUGGUAAAAGACUGGGGUGUGACAAAGUAGAUGAUAUGGGGGAUAAAAACGGAAUGAAAACAAUACAAAGUCUGUAAAUACUGAAUACUGAUCUUAUUUUUUCUGUCACACUCAUAUGCUGGAGAUGUUUUCAAUUUCAAAGCUGUUUACAAUUAGGUGGCAGGUUAUGCAGAAGCUAUUUAAAAAAUCACAUGGAAAAUAAAAAGUAUAAAAGCUGUAAGGGUCAAUAAGCUCAACAUUCAGUAUAUAAAAGAGCCACCCGGCCUUAGUAAAUGAACCAGUGACUCAUAUUUUACAUAUUUUUCAGACCCACCUUGUUUAUAUUGCAUUGUCUGUUUCUCCACAAUCUUGUCUAAUGUGUAAUUCUCAUCUUUAACCAAAUGCACCUCGCGAGGCCUCAGGGAGCAUCUGUGUGCACUUGUUUCACUGAUGAUCCAUUCUUAAAUGUCCACAUGACAUUUCAUUACAUUUUAUAUAACUCUCGUUAUAGCUCUUUUUUGUAUGUUUCUCAUUUUGUAUGAGUAUAAAUGAUUAAAAUCUGGUGUUAAUCAAAAGUGUGUUUCAUGUGUGUUUCAUGUGUUUUUUGAAAAGAAAAGUGAAAACAAUAUUUUGAAAAUACAGAAGACUUUAUUUCAAACUAAAAGCAUAUAUUAAAAUAGGGACUUUUAAAAUUGAUCGGACAAAACCAAAUAAACAAAUUCAAGCUUCAAGCCAAAAAAAAAAGAUGUUUCAUUUGUUUCAACUGUUGUCUUAAAUCCCUCCCUUUGUCUCGCUACAGUCAGAAGUUACAACAGUCUUUAUAUU